GGCACUCCUUGCGAUCCCAACUUCACUUGUUUUACACAACCCCCACCCCCCACCUCUUCAGAAUUCAUUCUGUUCAGCAGUUGUUGAAAUAAUCUUCCAGUCGGAUGUAUCGGACAUGGUUUCAACUCUUAGCUCUUCUUGGUGGCCUUUGGCUCUCAGGUGUGCUACGAGUAGGAGGGAUGGAGGUCAGCACCCCAGAGGAGAUGGAAGGAGUCAAUGGGACAGACGUGACACUGAAGUGCACUUUCAAGACCCCGCAUCCCGUGUCCUCCUCCACUGUGAUCGUUUCCUGGAACUUCCGGCCCCUGGACAAGGGUGCUGAGGAGUCUGUGUUUUUCUACCAGCAAGAACCAUAUCCGCCCACCGAGGGGCGUUUUAAGGGCCACGCCGUGUGGUCGGGGGACAUCAUGCGAAAAGACGCGUCGAUCACCCUGCUCGACGCUCUCCCGACCUUCAACGGAACCUACACCUGCCAGGUGCGCAACCUGCCGGACGUCCACGGCAUCAAUGGAGAAUUGGUCCUCCGAGUCGUCAACAAAGCGACCGUGUCGGAGGCCAGGAUCCUGCUCAUCGCCGUGGGAGGAGCCAUAGGCCUGGUGCUGCUCAUCCUGUCCGUCUUUGUGGCGGUGAGGUUCUUCCGCAGGAAGCACGCCGACACGGAUUUCGAACUUCAGACAGGCAACGAGAACUGGAAAGACGGCAUGGAGUGGGAGCAUGUUCUUAGGAAUGGGGAGACAUGAAGGCACUGUGCUGGGUAAUCAGCUCCAGUGUUUGGAAGUUCGGAAAGAUAAGUUUGUGUGUGUGCGUGACUCAGUAAACCAGAGGAGGAGCUCCACCUGAAGACUGGUUCCGGUUCAGAAGAAGUGGAGCUGGGGAGCCAUUGAGACAGAGAGGAGGAAGAUGAUCGCGAUGAUGGAGGGGAUGACGACAAUAACAAUUUUGACGGAGGCUGGAAAAGGCCUGUUUACCAGAGCUGCUCCAUGAGGGGAAUAAUAGCAAGUCAUGUGUCCUUUCUGACCUCACCAACCCCAAAUAGAACAAUCCUAUCUCCACCAAAUUGCGGUGACUGGAAUAGUAAAAAAAAAAAAUGGAUCACAUGCUCUACUAAAUUCGGAAAUCAAUGUACAUUGAUAUUUUAGCAAUCUAUCCAUGAAAG